AUGUCUAGUCCACAAAGUCGUGCUAAUCGAGAUGGGGACAAAAACGCAGAUCCAAAGCUGCAAUGCACGGUACCCAGUAAUGGCAAGUGGUCGAGCUUAAAGCGUGAUGACUUUCGUCUUAUUGGCACUCAAAACACUGGUGCUUCAAACGCGUACACAAAUUAUUAUUCGUCGGCAGCUCAUGCGGUUAACACAAUGGCUGCUGUGUCAUCGGGACUUCAAGGCGGUCUGAGUAGCUCACCAAACAUCCCUGUCACGAGUGAUGCAAUUGCUCGAGGCGGACCUUUCGAUCAUGCGGAUUGGAACAUGAUAUCGGCAAAUUCGUUCGAUGAAACAUACAUGGAAGGAGACUACACGAAUGGUGGGAUGCCACUGGGACCUUCAUCCUCUUCUUCUGGUCUUAAUCACCUUAACGAGCCAAUGAACAAGCUCACGCUGGAUAAUGAAGAUCACGAUAUGCCCGUCAUUUCAAUGCCGUAUCCAGGCACCAAUUGGUUCAUGGGCGAUAAGACAGAGUCUGGAAUCGGCAAUGGAAUUCCCUUGCCGUCCUUCGGAGGACUCACUCCUCGUACGCAAGCGGUAUGUGCCGCAAUGGCGGGAAACAGUUCUGCAUUUAGCUCGAGCUCUUGUACCCCAAACUUUCACCAUGGGGGUGCAGACUACUCGAGUGCAUCUGACAGAAUUGUUGGUGAUGUGGUGUCCAGCUCAGCUGAUGUUGCGUGUCUAGUUCGAAUGCAAGGCUUUACUCCAUGCCUUCCGCACAGUAUGGAGCCUUCUGAGCUGCUUUUCGAAGACAUGAACACCUGGACGGGGACGGCUGCAGACGCUUACGAUAGUCAUCAUUACAACCAACAGCAUGCCCACCCAUUCUUCCCUGCACCAUUAAACACAAGUGCAACAAACGGAUACGCCUACUAUGACGACACGUCUACCACGUCCAAUUGUGCGGUGCCAGCAUCACACGUUGCCCAUGCGCCAUCGCAUCAGCGCCAUUCACUGCUUCCAACCAUAACGACUACUUCACCACUCCAUCGACCGACACAAAGUCACGAAGAAGGGUUUCCCUCAAACAGUAAUUGGCCGACGAAUCAAGCUUUCCGCCAGUCGACCCCCGCUACAGCUUGCACAGCGCCAGGAGGCACAGUCAAGAAGUUGGGGGUACAUGUUGAUGCAAAUCGUCAUGGAAAUCGGCAAUCCAAUGAAUCAGUUUUCCCCACCGAAGCCGGACAGACGAUUAAACAUCUACAGCGCCCGUCGACACUCAGCCAACCCACAAACGCCCGCUUACCUGCUACAGGUGCUGCCCCGGACGCAAUAACUGGAGAGGCAAAUGGUCUGGUUACAAACCAGUCUGCAAAAGUUCAGCUGCUGACAGCUUUGAAUGAUUGUUACUGGAAAAAUGGACGGAAAAACUUGCAGUGUUUCCCAUCGUGCCCCGAACACCACGACUUCUACUCGAUGAAGAUGAACAAUCGUAAACAUUCAAGCGUGGGUGUGUGCCGUGGCCCCGUAUAUUGCCACGCAUUCACAAAUGCCUCUGAGUUCUUGCCAGCGGCGUCGACACAGCAAAUGAAACGCAACAGUGACAUGGGGGGUUCGUGUAGAGGUAGCAACGCUCGCGAAGUAUUUGUACUUGGUCGUUUCGAAAGGGUGCCCCAACAAGAGUCGACAAAUCUCCUGGAAGAAUUGAACGUGCCACCUUCGUUCCCGAACGCUGCAGUCUUCGAGCAGUUUCGUUUCACAUGCUUUCAAGCCGUGGAAAUGGAAGAGCGUCGGGUACUGCUGCCAGAAUCACCUCACGACCCGUCCAUGAAGGUUUCUGUCUCUGCCAACUUAUCAUCAAGAUCUUCAGACGGCCUUGCUUUCACCCAGCAGCAAUUUAUCCGAAGCACUUGGUUCUUCUUGCCCGAUGUGUGGAAGGUGCAGCCCAUGCUUAAAAAGAAGCGCAAGGCCACACGCUCCGCUCCGGCUCAGACGUUCCCCUUCUGCUUCCGCAUCUUCAUAUACACCCGCAAUGUUGACGGUCCUGGAUAUUCAUGCGUUGCGAACACGGCCUCUACCUUUUUCGAGCUCUACUCGACGCGAACAGUGGACCGUGUCAAACGCAAGUAUUGGAGUGGCGAUGGCUCGUCAAGAGGCGCGAGUCAGAGUUCAAGCAAGUCGCACGGGCUUCAGCAGUUUUAG